GCCAUGGGCCCGGGCGGAGCCGCACGCCGCGGGGCCGAGGCCGCCUCGCCCGCGCCGCCCCCGUUCGUUCGCGUCGCCCCCGCGCUCUUCCUCGGGAGCGCGCGCGCUGCGGGCGCGACGGAGCUGCUGGAGCGCGCGGGCGUCACCCUGUGCGUCAACGUCUCCCGCCAGCAGCCCGGGCCGCGCGCGCCCGGCGUGGCCGAGCUGCGCGUGCCUGUGUUCGACGACCCGGCCGAGGACCUGCUGGCGCACCUGGAGCCCACCUGCGCCGCCAUAGAGGCCGCGGUGCGCGCCGGCGGCGCCUGCCUCGUCUUCUGCAAGAACGGCCGCAGCCGCUCAGCCGCCGUCUGCACCGCCUACCUCAUGCGGCACCGCGGCCUCAGCCUGGAGCGCGCCUUCCAGACGGUGAAGAGCGCUCGCUCCGUAGCUGAACCCAAUGAGGGUUUCUGGUCUCAGCUCCAGAAGUACGAGGAGGCCCUCCAGGCUCAGUCCUGCCUGCCCAGGGAGCCCUCGGGGACAGCUCUUCCCAGCAGCAGCAGAGCCACCCAGCCUUAGGGUGGUCCCUGAAUCCUCAACAGGGCAAGUCUCAGGCCUGCAGCCCCGGGAGGGGAGGGGUGGGAAGGGGUGAUCGGGCCCUGAUAGGACGCCGGGGGCCUCCCCUCUUUCUUCACUGCCACACUGAGUUUGCAUUUCCCCCCAUUUAGCCUCAUCUCCCUGAAACCCAGGGGGGGCCUCUGUCCCACUUGGUGGUGCAGGUGUGUGUGCACGGAGGAGGGAACUGCGAGAGCCCACGCCCGGAGACAUACCGCCCCUCCCUCCCUCCCUCCCUCCUCCCCCACCCCCGGUUUAUGAGACAGGCUUUGGUCAGGAAAAUCUAAACCUCUUGAGGAAUUUUAGGCAACUGGAUGCAGGGAGAUGGAGGCAGGUGUUUCAAGGACAGGAGGUCGGGGUCACAGGGGCCACCACCCGAUCUGAGCUGCCUGUGCUAUGACCUCCCAGCUCUCGAGGACGCCUGGAGCUGCCAGCACAACCUCCUGCCAAGCCACAGCACAUCUUCCUCGCUCCUCCCAAACCUCUCGCUGGUCCCGUCUCAGAACUGAACACAGGGUCCCGGUGGCCGCAGGGCGUGGGCCUGGGGGCUGAGACUGGCCACUGCUGCUGUGAGAAGCAAGCAGCUGGAGGCUGUGCCAACAGACUGUGCCAACAGACUGCCCCGCUCGGGCACCCUUGGGGCCUCUGCACCCACCUCCCACCUGGACCUCUCUGCUUCAGUGACUUGCACAAAGCCACGGUCAAGCCAACGAUGGACAGGCCUCCCCCAGGGUGGAGGACCCUGAAGGCCAUCACCAGGUGCAUCUCAGCACCUGAUUCCUCUUCUAGGCCAGACAGAACCUCCCGGACAUCCUCCAGCCUCAAAACUAUCCUAGAAAAUUAAUCGCCAUCAAUGCUCCUUAAAUAGACAGCGGGGAAAGAGAAAAGGACAACGUGGGUGAUACGUAUGAAUUAUGGACAGUGUGGUCCCAGGUUUAUACAUGCAAAUAUACAUGUUUAUAUUCCGUA